ACAUCGUGAUCGUUUAUACUAUCGAUAGUACGUGUAAUGUGUUAAAAAGGUACCGCGAUGUCUAUGACUUUUUCGGCCCAUACUUGUGCUCUAAUUUUGCUCCUUUUCAGAAGUUAAAUGGAUAUUACAAAUCAGAAUUGAUCUUGAGGCAAGAUGUCGAAGCUGUUUGUUCCUCUGGUGCUCCUGGCUGAGCUUCUUGGUCUGGUGUCCUGCAUCUUGAUUGGACUGUGGAUGGGAAGGUAUCUCGGUGGGUUUGCAUGGGAUGGUUCCAGUCAAGAGUUCAACCUCCAUCCACUCCUCAUGACAGUAUCAAUGGUUUUUCUUUAUGGAAAUGCCACCAUGAUCUACCGUAUUUUCACUGGUGUCGAUGUCCCUCGCAUCGCUGUCAAGGCAACCCACGCUGGGGCUCUUCUACUAGCCACCAUCAUGAUGUCUGUUGGAUUGACGGCCGUUUUUCAAAAUCACAACGCUAAUGGAAUCCCUAACUUAUACAGUCUUCAUAGCUGGUUAGGAAUUACGACGGUGUCCAUGUUCUUAUUACAGCUAGUACUUGGUUUAGGAAUCUUUUUACUUCCAUUUGCCUCAAGCCAACUCCGUGCAUCCUACUUAUCAUCCCAUGUCUUCUUUGGUAUUGCUAUCCUCUCGAUGGCAGCAGCGACAUGUCUUAUCGGCAUCCUAGAGAAGAUCAUGUUUUCAGGGAUUAAGUAUUCGGACCUGCCUGCUCCAGCGAUUAUUGCAAACGCAGCGGGAUUGACCAUUGUUGGAUUCGUCAUCACUGUGGCAUACAUCUUAACCACAAACAAGGCAGCAUCAUCCCCGAAUAGAAACUACUCCAAUCUCCACUAAGAUGUUCAUCGCAUACCCGAGAAUCCAUCUCUGAACAAACACCCCAACACAAACUCACUAAAAAAGAUCAAACACAAGAGUCUGAAUUGGCCAAGCUAUUCGCUACAAGACAGCCCCUCGCAUGGACAGAGCAGAGAGGCAACUGCUACAAAGCCAUUGUUUUUGGAAUUGAUUCUGCCUCCUUCUGUAAGUCUGAAGAAUCUUGCAACCGUCAAAAUAUGAAUUAUUCUGAUGGAAACUGAGUUGGUAAAGGUUAAUAUAAUAUGCCCAUUUAUAUAGCGCAGUUACUAUGUGCAUAUACUCAACUGCGCUUUGAUACUUGGUAUCAUAUUAUUACCCCUGCUGUAGCUGAGCCGCCAUAUUAAUAGGCGCUAAAGAGUUCAAGGAAUAAAUCCUACCGGGUACCCAUUCACCUCACCUGGGUCGAGUGCAACACAAUGCGGAUAAAUUUCAAGCCGAAGGAAAAAAUAUAAAAAAGGUAAGGAAUACCAUGGGGUUAUACAAUGGUUAACAAACAGAGCAGAGAGGGGCAGAGCUUUGGGGGAGGCAGGGCGGACCAUGAGUUUUUUUUUAAGUAGUGAAAAAUGGUGGGAUAAAAUAGGCAAAUAGGAGAGGUCCGGUCUGGGCCAUGUAACUGCACAUGCCACUUUAAAUCAAUUAAGACCAAGUAUGGCUUUUAUGCCAUCUAGCCCCCCCCCCCCCCCCCCUAUCCCCAUCAAAAUAUACUGGCAUUGCCCCUGGAGCCUUUGUAUAACAUUACGGUGAUUCAAUAAAUAAAUUUACAUGUAUAACAAUGUUGCGGGAGAACUGUUACUCCCCACCAUUGUAUCAAAUUAUUAAUAAUUUGGAACUGACUACCUUGAGCAUACAGUCAGCAUAAUGUCACUCUUGUGGUACUUUAUGACAAAAUAGUAUUCUUUUUCUGCAGUUGUACUUGUGCUAAAAUUUUCAACAGCUGAAUUGAUUUAUGCUAUGUACCAAAGCCAAACUAGUCAAACUAGAUUGUAUUAUUUAAACCCUUUAUAUUGUCAUGUUAUGCUUUGAAUUCAGUACCAUGUAAUGUAAUGUAUAGAGAAUACUUGUUAAUGAUUGUAAUCUAAUGAUCAUUACUGGCCCAAUCACAGUUCCCCUACGGCAGCCUUAGGCGAGUCAAAAACAGCCGUUGUAACAUUUUUUUGUACCAGAUAUAUAUGGGUGGUUUGAAUAAAAAUAAAUGAAACGGCUGUUUUCAACUCGCCGUACGGCCUCCCCAGGGGAAAUGUGACUGUUAUCAUUAACGAUGAUGGCCGUUUACAAUGAAUUAUUCUGAUUUAAAGGAAUCCUAGUUGAAUAUCUGUGAAGAAUAUUAAAGAGAGUGUUGCCUAGAAACAUUUUCAUACCUACGAAAGCAUUAUCUCUUGAUUUUUUUUUUCAAAACUGGAUUUUAGAAAUAAUUUUUGUUCAUUUGUACUGCAUUUAUCCUUGAGCUAAAAUGAUGAGUUUAGCUGAAAUAAUGUACAUCUACACACAAUUUAUUUCCUGGUUUAUUGUAAAAAGUCCUAAAUACAAGUGUGCAAAUAUGUAUUGUGUGUGGACGUACAGGCUGGAAAUAUUUAUAUCUCAAUAAAUAGAGUAAAAUUCACAAAGCAAAAUGCUGAAAAUUCGAUCAAAAUCGGAUAACAAAUAACAAAGUUAUUGAAUUUUAAAGAUUUGCAUUAUUUCGGUGAAACAGUUCGAGGCAUGUCUUAUGAAUAUUCAUUAGGUGAGCUGAUGAUGUCAUAUCCCCACUUGUUCUUUUGUAUUUUAAUAUGUGAAAUUAGGUUAAUUCGAAAAUUUUCUACCAAGAACUAAAACAGUUUCAUUGACAACUGACGAAGUGCAUUCGUUAUUUAUUGCCGCAACUUAUUUCAUCAUCAUGGAGACACAUCAUUUACACAUGUAUGAAAAAAAUGAAACUUUUAUGAUUUCAUGUAAUAACAUAAAACAAGGGAAAGUGGGGAAGCGACAUCAUCAGCCCACCUAAUGAAUAUUCAUGACGAUGUGCAUAUAACUGUUUUCACAAAAUAUAGAUAAACUUUAAAAUUCAAUAACUUCGUUAUUUGUUAUUCGAUUUUGAUGAAAUUUUCAGCAUUUUGCUUCGUGAAUUGUACUCUAUUUAUUUAGAUAUAAAUAUUUUUAGCCCGGACCAUCCCUUUAAAACAUUCCUAGGGUUGAGUGAAGUGGUUUCACAGUGCACUAAGUAUCUUUUGUGGGUAUACUGUACAUGUAUGUCGGUCCUGAAAAUGGCCACCCAAACUCAAUGUUGUGUGUUCUUGCUGUCUUCAGGAGAAUGAGCAAAAGUUGUAAAAGUAGGCUAUAUAAUAUAUUCUGUCACUGUGCUUUGCAGGGUACAUGUCUCUGAUUGGCUGGAGAAGUCACAUGACAUCCACAUACAUGUAUACGGAUGUGAGUGACAGAGUUUGAGACAUCAGUAACACACUGACGUUUGCAAUCUGAGAAGUUAUACCAAGUGAAUGUACAGCUACAUAUAUGAGAAGUGCAACUUGUUAUUGUUCCAUUUAAUAAAAUUUCAGUUCAAUUGUA